AUGGCCCCCAACGGACCGGACGGCGAAAGAAAGCCUCAAGACGCCCGACGACCGAAAAUCAAAGAUGCCCAGAAACCGAAGGGAGGUGUUGUCAACAGGGAGCCCAGAAGCGAGUGCAGUGGCUAUGGAGAGCGGGGGUGUAAAGAAAGGGAGAAACAAGAGGGAGAUAGAGCGAGAGAGAUAUAG